ACGUUACGUCAUCAAUGUUGACAACAAAACAGUUUGGCGGUAAGUAGGAAGUGAACAAACGGUCAGUGAACGAAACAGUAUGGCUGAGGGGAAGACAGAUUCACAAGCUACAGCAGAGCUGUCUGAAGCUGCUAGGUUGGAUUUGCUGCGCCUGUGCAGUGAGCAGUUUGCUGAACUACAAGAGCUUCAGAAUGCCAUACUGUAUGAGCCAGAUUCAUGUGAGGAUGAGGAGGUUGUGAGUCAUCUGAAAGCAACAGAAGAUUUACUAAAACAGUGGCGGUCAGCAGAGCCAAAAGCUCUGCCAUCGAAUUCAGAAGUUUUGGUUGAAGCUGGAAUUGAAGAGAUGGUCAAGCUUUGCUCAGAACUUCAGAUGGUUCAUUCUUCUUAUGAAGCAAAAAGAGACACUUUAAGGAAAAUUAAAGAGCUUGAGGAGAAGUGGCUGGAAAACAAGAAAGAAAUUUACAACGCUACAGUUGAACACGCUGAACAACUUGAAAAGAAAAAAAAGACAUCAUCGGAAACCAGUUUACUGGAGGACGCCAAAAAUGAUAUGCAGAAAAUGCAAGCCUAUUUGCAAACAUUGAUGCAGUGUCUGGGAAGUGUCCUGGAGGACCAUGUUCCUCCAAUACAGAUUGAAUCUACUACAAACUCUGAAAAGGAUGAAAACAUUUCACUCAAGGACAUACUUGAGCUGCUGAUGAACAAAGCCUUGAAUUCACCCCACGACCCCUAUGUAGACAUAGGUGACAUACGCUGGAUGCCGUACGUGGAGCUGCUUCUUCGCUAUGGGAUUGUCGUGAGGCACCAUGAGAAUAACUUUAAGGUCUGCCUGGAAAACUUUUAAGAUGGGAUCUAUAUUUAUUUACUAAUUGUAUGUAUUGCUUUCCAUUUGAUUAAACUACCUAUGCUAGCUCAAUAAACUCCUCUCUGGAAGGUUUAUCACAAUGAC